AUGGAGCAGUCAAUUUCCCUUAUCUCAGCCACGGUCCAAAUCACCGACUCUGGCCUGGCUCUGGUACACAUUCCCCUGGACUUGUAUCCGUUCUUUGUCCAGCCAUUACUGCGCCUUCUCUUCUGUGACAUCCCGGCCAUCAACGAGUCCGAGGAUGAGGAUGAAGAUGAAGAUGCCGACCACGCCAGCCAGACUCCCUUUAGUCUCGGCUUUGUCAAUCUCUCGCUGACCCCGGUUGAAGUCUCGGUCGUGUGCUCGCGCCAGCUGGCCGAACGCUUCUUCCUGCCGCUGGCCUCCAAGCUGAACAAGCUGGCCGCCGCCGACAAGACUGUGUCCGUCAGCAAGGACGACUACAUUGCCAUGCAAGUCGAGGGACAAGGCUUGGAUGCUGGCCGCCGCGUCCUGGAGCUGACCGGCCCUCUGGCCUUGGCUGGAAUAUCCAUCUUCUUCAUCUCGACCUACUUUUCCGACUAUAUCUUAGUCCCCCUCCGGUCCAAAGACGAGGUCGUCCAUACACUCACCAAGCAAGGCUUCACUUUUGAAACAGAUUCAGACCAGUUUGUAAACAACUUGCAGUCUCCCCGAAUACCGCCGACAGUCCAGUCGCCAACCCACUCUCCGCCACCAUCAACACCCCCUCCAUCUACAGUGAACGAGCUCCAAACACGCACAUUCGACUAUCUGCGCAAGAGCAAGAUCAUCCCUCGCGUGGACCAGAGUAUUCGUCUGGUGCAGUGCUGCGCCCACCACCGCGACGGAGCCACCGAGUCGUCUGCCGCCAUUCUUCGUACUGCUCUCACCACUGCUCUGCUGGUCGACCACCCCCGUUUUCUGUCUCUGACUCUGACUCCAGCCGACCCGGCCGCGUCUUUGCUCCUAGAAAAGCGACUAUUGCCACGCUUCACACUCGACCCUAGCUACGAAUCAUCCGACGACGAGCGAAGCGUUCUCCUCGGCUCCAAGGAAGACAUCCUUAUCCCCAUCACCCUGGACCUUCGGGACGUGCCAAUCGAAGCCACAGGUAUUGUCUGUGGCGUUGCUGGCCGUCUUGCCGAUGCCACCGCCCAUCACGAUCCACUUGCUGCCUUGUCGUCGAGCAGCUCGCCAGCCAACGACUCUAAGCGUUUCUCAUUCGGCUCUACCAAUAUCGACGACCUCCGUCUCUCUGACAGCGUCAGCAGCCUCGCCCCUAGUACUUCCUCUGCCACGAGAAAGUCGGACUGGCCACCGGCAGUCACCGAUAAUCUUAUCAAGAACAACCAAAUCAACUCCUCUAUCUACGACCGUCGCUUUUCCCGCGAUAGCAAUGCGAGCGGGAACUUUUCUGCGGGUACUACCCCGGCUGCUAUUCCCCACCAUCGACUUGAGCCCGAACAAUAUGGCGAUGCUGUUGAAAUUAGUUUUCUGAGUACCGCUCGUGCCGGAACUGUCUUGGUUUGGGAGCGCGAGAUCAGCCAAGCAGUUAAUGCUUUGGAUGCUGAAAAGUCUGAACAUCUCUUAUCAGAUGUGCAUGAUGAUGAAGAAUUAUGA